AGGGUGUAGUGCCCAGCUCUGCCAACGCCGGGCUGGCGCCGGUCCCCCCACGGCGCUCCUCCUCGGCCCAGGGCGCCCGUGCCAUGGGCCCUCGCAGUGGGCUGCUGGCCGCGGCCUGCCUGGUGCCGGCCGCGGCCGCAGCGCGGGCGCCCCCCGAGGCGGCGGAGAUGACGGCCGACGGGUCCUCAGCCCUGGAGCCGAGACCACCCGGGCCGUCCUCGGCGCUCGAGCGAGCGCGCGGCCGCCGCAGUGCCGCCCCCGGCGGCAGCUCCUCGGAGGCGGAGGGCGCAGCCGCGGCCGCUGCCGAGGGCGGCGGCUUCACUCCGGCGCUGGCCGAGCGGGCGGAGGAGGAAGAGGGGAGGCGGGCGGCAGCCCCUCGGCCGCCGCCUCGGGCGGCGGCCACGGCACGCGCGAGAACAGGCCAUGCCGCUUCGCGGGGGGGCGCGGCCGGACGAGGCGUAAGCCGGGCAUGUCCCCCCACAGAAAGAGUCGUCGAGAAUGGUUCGAAAAUAGUCUGGGGACGAUGCGUCGUGCUCUUCUGGCAAUUCGCUUUCGCGUGUUUUGACGAUGCCUGAUUUGUCCCCUAGGUUCCGCCUGUAGGAGGGCAUGCCCGACCAGAGACGAGGCCUCCAUCUCGUCCGUUCGGCGGAUGGGAAUUAAUGCUACCUCAGGCAGACCUGCACCGUAAGGAGCUCCUUCUGCAGUUGCAUGUUCGUGACAAGGACAGGUUGCCAGUGAACAUGGACGGCCUCUUACCAUCGGAGAUCGCGGCGGAGUUCAUUGCCACGAUGUUGCUCGUCAUCGUGGGCUGUGGCAGCGCUUGCGGGGCCGCGACCAAGGAUGGCCCGGCGUGGGUCCUCCAGGUGGCCCUGACCUUCGGGCUUGCCGUUACCGUGCUGGAGUGCACGAUCGGCCACUACACCGGCGGCCAGUUCAACUGCGCCGUUACUUUCGGGCUCGUUCUGGCUAGGAAAUUGUGCCCAAUCCAGGGCGCCUUGUACUUCGCGGCUCAGCUGGGGGGGUCGGUCACAGGUGCCCUUGUGUUGAGGGCGACGUGUUCCGAUACAGGCAAGGACCAGACUGGGAGUCUCGGGAGCAACUUCGUCAAGUCGGGCUUCUCCGCGGUCAGCGCGCUGCUGGGUGAGAUCGUCGGCACCUUCGUCCUGAUGUACGUGGUCAUGGAGACCGAGGUGAAUCCGCUGUCGGAGGCGUGGCGACCUUUCGCGCCACUGGCUAUUGGGCUCGCAGUGUCUCUUGCUCACUCCGUGCUCCUGCCGGUUGACGGCUGCUCGAUCAACCCCACGAGGUCGGUCGGCCCCGCCCUCGUCGCGGCGGUGAGCAUGCCGGCUGGCAGGGACAAGAGCCCCUUCAUGGACAUGUGGAUUUUCUGGAUUGGACCCCUGAUGGGCGCCACGCUCGCUGUCGGGGUAUCUUCCCUAAUGGUAGCGUGAUAUCGUGCCUGUCUGGGGACGACGCUGCUUCCAUUUGUCGGCGCAGCGUGUACACUAGACUACGUGCGGGUGUUGAGCAUUCAUAGGAAGGUCCAGGCUAGAACACGGGUGACUUUCGCUUGCCAUGCUCGAUUCCAGGACGUAGUCCUCGCCGCUGAGCGUGAGUGGCUUACUCUC